AUGGCCGUGUCUCCGCACCAGACCCCUCGGGAGCUUGGGUGCGUUGAUGGCGUGGUCAUGUCUCCGUCUGUUUCUGCACGUUUGAUUCCUGUCAGCAUGGUUCCUCCUGUCACCUUGGUGGACGAUAAUGUGCAGUCCUCUUCUUUUGCCUCACAACAGCCAUGUCCUGCGGGUGUGGAAGGUGAGGCCCCGUUUCCGCUUACUGAACUUCCUCUCGUUCAGUCAGGCGUUGUAGCAGGGCCCGUGUCUCCGCCCGUCAGGGAAGCUCUUCAGGUUCCUGUUGGUGGCGUUCAGGGGGGCGUGUUGGUCUCCGAUGCUGCGGUUCCCUGCUCCACCGAACCUGUCAUGUCAUCUCCGCCGGCCUCCCCAAUUGCUGCCUUUGUUUUCAAGGUGGUUAAACCGGUGGACGCUAUCCUGCCGGCCCCCCCAGUUCCUAAGAGAAGGAAGAAGAUCCUGCCAUCCAACUUUGUGCCAAGACGGAGCCACCGUGUUGCUAAUCUUCCUCCAACAACAGCUGAUCAUAGUGCGGCAGUAUCAGUUUGCCGUCAAUUAGGCUUUGCUGAUGGUGAAGAAAGGGUUUCUGUUGUCGCCAUGGAACACUACGCCACCUUGUUUGACCAACCUCUAUCCAGGGAACAUCUGAAGGCAUUGGCUGCCCUGUUCGGGUGGGAUGCACCUCCUGGCGAUGAAGUGCGGGCUGCAGAUGACAUUCUUGUUGUUUGA